AUGGCGUCGACGCGAUGUUGCGAUUCCUACGAGGUUGAAAAUUCUUCAGAAUGGAGUCUCACGAUGGUAACCCGUGAACCAGCUGAUCGCUUUCUCUCGGGGUUUAUCGAUCGAUGUUUGCGAACUGCAAAGUAUACUAAGCGAGCAUCCACUGACCACCACGACUUCAUGACGCCGAACACAACAGUAGUGGAUAAUCAUAUAUUCCCUCAGAACUGGCUUCAAAUCCAAAACUGUCUACCGGAUCCUUUCCCGCCUCAGCGCCAACCUCUUGCAGGUCUCGGAGUCGUCUAUCGACUACAUUACGAAGUCUCCUACGCUCAG